AUGCCCUCCUCCCUCGACCGCCUCUUCGCCUCCGCCAGCCAGCCCUCCUCGAAACCUCCACCCUCCUCCUCAACCACCGGACCAAACACGGACGACGACCCCGUCGUCAAAGAACUCGCCAAUGGCUACAAGAAACUCGCCUCCGGCAUCGUCCUCGACCCCUCCGGCAAGCCCUGCCGACAAUGCUCCUCGGUCUCCUCGUGGAUGGCGAUGACGAAGAAGCGCUCUACGCCCGCCAGCAGCAGCAGCAGCAGCAGCAGCAGCACUACAACGACAGGGCCAGCGGCGAAAGCCGACCCAGCUACGACCACCGAGCCACCCGUGAACGGUCCUGCUUCCGGCGCAUCAGCGGCUACAAUCGUCGCGAGCGCGGUAGAUGACAGCAGCACAGAGCAACAGUGUCCGCCCGAUGUCGACCAACUCGGCCGUGCGACCUGGACGCUGUUGCACACACUCACCGCGACCUACCCCUCCUCUCCUUCUCCAAGCAUGCAAGCCACCACGAAGUCCUUCAUCCAGACCUUCGCCCAACUCUACCCUUGCGGCUACUGCGCCGAGGAUUUCCGCGACUGGAUGAGAGAGCAAGGCAAUGAAGUCAAUGUGAAGAGUCAGGACGAAUUCGGGGAGUGGGCGUGCAGAGCGCAUAACGCGGUGAACGUGAAACUGGGGAAGAGGGAAUUUGAUUGUGGGUUGUGGAAGGAGCGGUGGCGGGACGGGUGGGGGGAUGGACGGUGUGGUUGA